AUGUCUUUAAGUUAUCAUAAGAUUAUAUUUUUUUUUACAUCUGCCCCUUUUAUGCCAUUUAAAAUAAACAAAAACAAAAAUUUGUCAAUAAAUUUGCAUGAAGCUGUUAAUAAUUUACAAGAAGAUGUACAUUCACUCGAAAAGACAAUAUCUUAUUACGAAAAACAUUUAGAAUAUUUAGACAUGGA